AUGCCGAAGCAAACGGUGACGACCCGGGUGAAGUCGACGAAGCUCACUGACCAGCAUCCAUGGCUUGAGAUCCUCUUUCGACUUUUAGGAGCAUUCGGCUCGACUGUGUUGUUUGGUAUUCGCCUGGUCAUUGCGGAGUUUCUCUUCGGCAUCAUGGCGUGGGUUCCGGUGAAGGCCGUCGGAGCACUGUUGGCAGCGGUGCCAUUGGUCUACACUGGACGCAAGAACUUGGAAAGUUUCAUCAGCUGUAAAAAUUACCUCGAGGCCCUAGCAGAGCUCACCAAGCUUCUGACCAUCAGCGGGCCAUUCAUUUGGUUUGGACUUCGAUGCCUGGAUUGGGAGCUGGGCGUCCGAGCCAUGCUGGCGGCUCUGCUCUCCAACUUUUCGUUGUUGGUCAUCAGAUUAGUCCUGCACAGCCAGAUGAAAAGCGGCAAGGUCGAGAAGGAGGAGAAGAAGAAAUCUUCCAAAAAGUUAAUGGCAGCUGAGUUGCUCAGCACGCAGCGAAAUGUGCCAAAAAGGCAACAGACCACGGGUGAGCAGCGUGAGCAUGUCUUCAUGGCUAAAGCGGUUUCGAGCUUUUCUGGAAUCUUCGAUUACCGCUGGUUCACGAGCCAAAAACCGGUGCCAGUUGUCAGGUUGCAGUCAGCCUUUCAGCAAAUGAAUUGCGAAUGGGCGCAAGAUAUCCGGAGAAAACAGCUGCACAUCGCGACACAUCCCAUCCUGAAUGCAAUCAUUGUAGUCUUGCUGAUCGCCAAUACGAUUUUCCUGGGAUUUGAAGUGGAUGACAAGCGUUCUGCAGCAGCUGGGGGGCACUGGUUCUUUGUGAUGAUGGAGCUGUCCUUCGCAGCUGUGUUCAUCGGAGAAUGGUUCAUCCGGCUUCAUCAUCAGAGGUGGGAAUUCUUCGCCGAUAAUUGGAAUGUCUUUGACUACACCUUGGUGCUCAUGGGCUUCAACGACAGCAUGAUGACGUUGCUCACACCCCUUGCAGGGACGCAACUGGCUCGCGCCUUCAGGGUCUUCCGAGGCCUACGGGUGGCGCGCAGCGUUCGAACCGUGAAAAAACUCUCAGGCCUUUGGUUUAUUAUUGGGGGCUUGCUGGAGACUGUGAAGACCAUGAUGUUAGUGGCAGCCAUGGGGUCAAUCUUGAUUUUUGCCUUGGGCGUGGCACUCACCACGGUGGUGACCUCACAGCCCUUCAUCCUGGAACUCUGGUGGCAGGCCAGCAUCUACAUGGGUUCAGUGGCUCGAUCCAUGCUGACCAUUUUACAGGUGGCGACUCUGGAUGGCUGGACCCAAUCCGUGGCACAUCCCUUGUGGGAACUGUCUCCAUUUGGUUUCUUCACCCUGAUCCUUAGCGUCAUCGUGCUGAACUUUGGCACCUUCAACAUCCUGGUGGCCGUGAUGGUGGAGCGGAUCAGCACCAUGUCUUCGGAUAGCAAGGAGUUGAAUUCACGCGCCUGUGCCAUGGCGGAGCAGAUGAUUCUGCGGCAGCUCUUAAAGGAGUUUGAGCAGCAAGAUGAGGAUGGAAACGGAAACCUCUCGUUGAAAGAGUUCAAGAAGCUCAUCAGGCAGCCGAAUCUCUUGGGCAAACUCAGUCUGCUGGGGCUGCACGCGAAUGAAGCCGAAGAGCUCUUCAGCUUGUUGGAUGCCGAUGCCAGUGGCGAGGUCACGGGAGAAGAGUUGGUGCAGGGAAUCCAGAAGCUGAAAGGCCCUGCCAAGGGACAGGACACGGUGUACCUUAUCAGCGUGGUCCAAAGGGAAAAUUGGAGAGCUGGAUGCUUUGUGCAGUUGAUGCGAAGGGUCAACCAAAAGGUGGAUCAGAUCCAGGUUCGCUUGAAUCACGUGGGAGCUCGUCUGGGCCGGGAGUCGGCCAAGAAUCACCACAGGGAGCUUUACUUCCAGCACCUGCAGACGGAGGCCGCUAACCGCGACUUGGUCAUAGCCGAGAUGGAUUACCGGAGAUUUACUCAGUAUCCCAUCCUGGAGGUUGACUUCGAAUUAUUGACGCCGUGGUAUGCAAAGAAUAUCAAAGCCAUUUUUUUUACGCCUCGCUUUCGCGAUGCGCAGAAGUUUGCGGACGGCGAGGUGCCCUUUGUGGCUAUGAAUGCCCUGGUUGCAAACAUCAUGAUUGCCACAGAGUUCGGCGGUCGUGGCAUUGAUUGGCACGAGGUGGAUCACGUGGUGAACUUCCAAAUGCCGAUGGGUGCAGUGAAUUGGCUCCACCGUGUGGGACGGACAGGUCGCAUGGGAAAGAGAGGCUUGGUGAGCAACUUUGUGGGCAGCAAGGAUCAGACCCUGGCGCAGCUCAUCCAAGCACAGCUGGCGCAGGGCAAGGAUUUGCACACACUUUUCUCGCGACGGCGCUCGUUGCAGGGACCUCAGUUAUGCGAAGACGGCUUCGCCAAGAACGGCACGAUGUUGGUCCAGGUGGCCACAUGUGGCGGAUGUGGCGGAUGUAGAUCUGAUGUGAGAUUUGUUUCAACAGUUUCGUUGAGCCGUGCCAUGCAAACGGUGAGCCGUGGCGCCACACUGCCGGGUGCCUGGCAACUCCAACGACAUGGCCAGACUACGCGGCACAGCGUCUUGGGGCAGAAGAUGGCUGUGAGGAGGCACAAGUCACCCCAGUCCAUCAAAAACUCGCGAUACUGGCCGCUCAAGAUUCCGUUGCUGUGGGCCGCGCCCUUGGCGGCGCUUCGCCGUGCCAGCUUUGUGGCGCUCUUCAAGGUGAAGGGCCGGCGGAGCAUCAGUUUGACGGAAGAUGGUCGACGUCGCAAUUGGUUCGAGAUUGCUGGAAGCUUUCGCUUGUCCUCGGUGGUGUUGAUCUAUGUCCUCUCCUCCAUAGUGGUGUAUGGACAGCUUGAGGGUUGGAAUGCCGAAGACAGUGUGUACUUUGCCGUCUCGGCUUUGACGACGGUGGGCUAUGGAGAUUUGGUGCCUUCGCAUCCAUUCUCGUGCAUCUUCUUUUCCUUUGCCAUUUUAGUGGCCUUGGUGCUCCUGGCUACCCGCCUGAGUAGCUACCUAUCCUACUUGGUGGAGAAAGAGGCGAACGAAGCCAAGACGCGAUUGAUCCAACAGCUCAGGAGUCCAUUCAGUUUGAGCGACGACGAGGAGAUUAUGGACGAAGAAGGACAGCGGCGGAAGAUCCGACAACGUUUUCGGGCGCAGCUGCAGCUGCUGACCACCUAUUUGCUGUUGGCCUCGUGUAUCUCUAAGCAUGCCUUGGGCUUAGCCAGCUCAUGGCAGGCCUUAUACUUCAGUGUGGUGACUUUGACAACAGUGGGCUUCGGCGAUUUGGUUCCAGUGACAGCUUCCGGCAAGUGGGUCGUGUCCAUUCUUUGUCUCUUUGGCGUUCCCAUCUUUGGAAACACCAUGGCAGAGUUGGUGGCACUGAUCUAUGGUGAGCGGACAAGACAUGUGAAGCAGCAGCCACUCAGCUGA